AUGUUUUACAACCUCAACUGCUGUAUUUUAUAUAAAGGCCACAAAAUGAAGAUUGUUAUUGAUGACAAUCAAACACAGCCUGAAGACUCCGGCUUGCUGAAGUCACUAAUGGAGCAGACCCAGCCACACGCUGCGGGAGGAUUCUUAGAAAAGAUAAAGCUCUACCUUUCGAAACAAGCCCUGCCAUCUCCCACUGACCGAAAGAAGUUUGACCAUGACUUUGCCAUCUCCACUUCCUUUCACGGGGUGCACAACAUUGUCCGGAACCAGAGCAGGUGGCGCCAGGCGAUGUGGGCCGCUGUUGUGCUGGGUUCAGUCUCACUCACGGUGUGGCAGAUCUACGGUCGCUUGUUCAACUACUUCAGAUGGCCAACCACAACGUCUGUAGAGGUGCAGUAUGUGGAAAAGAUGGAAUUCCCAGCUGUGACGUUUUGUAAUUUGAACAGGUUUCAAUCUGAUGCUGUAGCCAAAUUUGGUAUGGUGAUUUUAUUAUGGGAUAUUGUAUCUAAAGUCAUCCAUCUUCAGGAUAUUGGAGCAAAUUCUACUGCUUCUAAAGAAGCUAUGGAUUUUGUUACAAGUCAUCAAAACUUCAGCAUUACAGAGUUUGUCAGGAACAACGGUUUUUAUCUCAACAAUAACACUUUGUUGGAAUGUCAGUUUUUUGGAAAGCCAUGUGGCCCAAAGGAUUUUGCACAUGUCUUCACUGAAUAUGGAAAUUGUUUUACUUUUAAUCAUGGUGAAAAUAAGCAAGCAAAGGAAAAAGUGAGUGUGUCUGGUAGAGGCUUAAACUUGGUCUUCGAUGUCAAUCAGGAGGCGUUCACUGAUAACCCAGCCGUGGGUUUUGCUGAUGCUGGGAUCAUCUUUGUUAUCCAUUCUCCAAGGAAAGUGCCGCAGUUCGAUGGUCUAGGCUUGUCGUCGCCAGUGGGCAUGCAUGCUCGGGCAACAAUCCGCCAAGUGAAGACAGUCCAUCAGGAAUACCCUUGGGGAGAAUGUAAUCCUAACAUGAAACUGAAGAAUUUCAGCAGUUACAGCACCUCUGGUUGCUUGAAGGAAUGCAAAGCCCAGUACAUAAAAAAGCAGUGUGGAUGUUUGCCCUUUCUGCUUCCAGGAAACGGGGUAGAAUGUGAUCUACAGAAAUACUACAAUUGUGUUUCCCCUCUACUUGACCACAUUGAAUUUAAGGAAUUAUGUACAGUGGGAACACAUAAUUCCAGCUGCCCUGUUUCUUGCGAAGAAACAGAAUAUCCUGCUACUAUUUCUUACACCACUUUCCCAAGUCAAAAAGCUUUGAAGUAUCUCUCUAAGAAGUUGAACCACAGCCAAGAAUAUAUCAGGGAGAAUUUUGUGCACAUUGAAAUAAACUAUAGUGACUUAAACUAUAAGAUAACCCAGCAGCAAAAAGCAGUGAGUGUGCCUGAGUUACUAGCAGAUAUUGGCGGUCAACUAGGCCUAUUUUGUGGGGCCAGUAUGAUUACAAUCAUAGAAAUUAUUGAAUAUAUAUUCACAAAUUUCUACUGGAUAUGUAUUUUCUUUUUGCUGAAGAUACCUAAAAUGACAGAAUGGAUUCCUCCUCACCAGAAUAAUUUGGGGACCAAAAACAGGAUAGAAGAAUGCUAA